AUGAGGAUUGAUAAAGUUGAUUCCGAAAGGGGACAUGUGGAGACUAAUUAUUUUAGUAUUUUGAACCCAUUCACUGGAGAAUUUAAGGAAUUUGGAACUCCCCGAAACAGUCACCACUUUACUUGUGGAUUUGGUUAUGAUAGCAGCAUCUAUGACUACAAACUUGUAGCAAUAUCGGAUAAUGACGGUUGCUCCAACAUUGAUGUUUAUACAGUGAAAUCAGAUUCAUUGAAUAGUAUCAAGGGAACCGUCAAUUACUCAUUUGGUAUCACUGGCAAACGAUCUCAUGGUGUGUUUUUCAAUGGAGCUCUUCAUUGGUUGGGAAGUAAAUCCACCCAAAAAACCUCGUCCGAAGUUGUAGUCUGUUUUGAUACUAGCAGUGAGACAAUGCUGAACAUGUCGUUACCUGAGAAUAUUAUGCCACCUAAAGGUUUUUGCGGACAUGUUUAUAAGAAUUUGGGAGUGUGGGGAGACUGCAUUUGUGUAGCUUUUGCUUAUGAUCUUGUUAGACUUGAUGUGUGGGUAAUGCAGCGGUAUCGAGUAAAGGACUCUUGGUUUAAAAAAUAUACCACAACCCGACUACCAUGGUCCUCGCACGAAAUUCCAUUUUGGAAGCCGCUACUGUGUUUUGACAGUGGGGUAAUUCUAUUAGAUACUGGUGGCAAGGAAUUACUUUUAUUUGAUCCAACAACUGAAAGAGUUAGAUCAGUGGUGGUCCGUGAUAUUACUGCAAUGUACAGUAAUCGAGAGAGUUAUUUCGAGACCAUAGCAUCACUUGGCUCGACUACUUAUUUGGAAAGGCAGAUUACAGAUGAGACCGUGAAGAAUCCCAAGCGACAACGAUUCAGCUACAAUACCGCUUUAGUUAAUAAUGAAAGUAAGAUGAAUAGAAAUGAGUUACUAGGUUAUUUAUCUUCCAAAACAUUUGAAGCUUUCUAUGUGAUUUAA